CGUUUGCGCGACGGCGAGGGAAACCUGCCGGAUGCUGCAGCGCUGCAAACGGCGCAGCCGGGAUUGUGGAGAAAGCGGGAUUUUUUUUUUUAAAGCACUUUGUCUCCAUGCUCUGCAUCCAGGGCUCACGCGGAGAUGUGGGUGACGCUGCUCUGAGACACUCGCUGCGUGGGCAGGAUGCGAAGGGCGGCAGCGCCACCGGCCACACGGAGUGCCGCGAAGGGUCCGCGCGAGGUCCCGGCGGGAGCGUCGGCGCAACAAAUCCCCCAAUGUGCAGGGUGCACGCAGCAUAUCAUGGACAAGUUCAUCCUCAGAGUGUUGGACCGACACUGGCACUCCAGGUGUCUCAGGUGCUCUGACUGCAGAAAGCUUUUAGUGGACAGGUGUUUCUCCCGAGGAGGAAAUGUGUACUGCAAGGAUGAUUUCUUCAAGCGCUUUGGGACAAAGUGCGCGUGGUGCCAGCAGGGGAUCCCCCCCACCCAGGUGGUGCGCAAGGCACAGGACUUUGUGUACCACCUGCACUGCUUCGCCUGCGUCAUGUGCGGCCGGCAGCUGUCCACCGGGGACCGGUUCUACCUUAUGGAGGACGGCAGGCUUGUUUGCAAGGAGGACUACGAAACAGCAAAGCAGAACGAUGACUCCGAAUCGGGGGCGAAGCGACCCCGGACCACCAUCACUGCUAAACAACUGGAGACUCUUAAGAAUGCCUACAAAAAGUCGCCGAAGCCGGCUCGGCACGUCCGCGAGCAGCUCUCCUCCGAGACGGGCCUUGACAUGCGGGUGGUUCAGGUGUGGUUCCAGAACCGGCGAGCCAAGGAGAAGAGGAUGAAGAAGGAUGCGGGUCGGCAUCGCCGGGGGCAGCUGUACAGGAGCGGAAAGCGCAGCCGUUGUGACGUCAAGGCACGCAGGGAGAGUUCACCGGAGGAUGGGGGCCUCAGCGACUGUGAACUCAGCUUCAGAGAGGACCAAAUGCUGUCAGAACUGAACCAUGCGGGCAGACAGUAUGGGAGCGUGGAUGGCACGGGGCUCGGGAUCUUGUUGAACAGAGGCUUCCCACCGGAGGACUCGGAACAACCUUUCCCCGACCAGCGGGCAGCAGUGCUGGACUUGAAAUAUGAAGGGGCCAAACAGGGAAAAGGCAGCGGAUCCCCUUCAGAAUCAAGAGGUUCUUAAAUGGCAAUUGCUGCUCCUGCCAACAGUUCAUGCAUGGCAAAGCACUUACUAUUUUAUUUUUUAGACAUGACAAAAAAAGAUGACGGUCAAAGUGAAAGAAUCCACAGUGAAACCAAAUAUUCUGACUCAAAGCUUAUCAUGCUGUGUGGAGAUGCUGUCUGGGGGCUGAUUUGUGGGAAUACUUUCCUCCGCAAUCUGUCAGAAUGGUCACCAGGAUGAAUCACAUAUCGCAUAUUGUCAGACGCUGAAAAAUGAUGCAUACGCUGAAGUUAGGCCUCUUACUAAGGAUUACUAUAUACAGUACAUCACACUACCCAGGUAAACGUAAUCCGUCUGAUCAAUCGUUUUCGUAAAACGUAACAUGGAAUUUAAGUAACGUUUUGUACCGAGGAAUUUCCGUACGGCAACUUCAAGAGCAUUUCUGCGAGAAGAUUCUGCAGUACUUCUCACAUUAAAUCGACCCAAAUAAUUCUUUGUGCAGUUGUAAUAUAUGUUAUGUUCGGAAAACUUUAUUUCAGUCUGAAUUAUUUUAGUAUUUGUAUGGUCUCAGUGUUAAAAGUCUUGUUGGAUAAGUGUUGUUUCAUUUCCGUGUAUCUCUGUAAGAGCAUCAGACGAAUGCGCUAAAUAUCC